CUUGUAGGAAUAUGGUCAAAACAGGUUUCAGUGCCCAGAAUGGAUUUAUCAGACAUGUACAGUUUCCUGUACUGGUGUGACACAAAUUCGACUUCUGCCAAAACCCUUUAUAACAUGGGUUUCCGCUGUCUUGACCCUGCCAGAAAACUCCUUCAGUGUCUGCUUUGUGGAAAAAAAACUAAUGAUGAACACAAUAUAAAAGCCUGCUGUGGCACAGGACGGCUGCUUAAGUUUGAUGAACCCAUCACUGUAGCAACGAUUGCGACAUAUUUAGAUGCCGUUAAUUCAGUCUUGAUGCACCCACCAUCAUCCCAUUUACAGUCAGAAAUGGAAAUCUAUCCAUGUGAGAGUUUCAUUGCUUCUACUGGGGAUUUCGAUGUAAGCGCGCUCUCUGAGUCGGGACUCGCCUAUACAGGAGAUGGUAAUACUGUCAGAUGUUAUUCCUGUGGAGUCUUACUAGAAAAUUUGCAAAGGACUCAUAACCCCAUCCUCAGUCAUGCAGCCAUCAGCAUGCAUUGUCGACACAUAUUGCAAAUAUGUGGCCUGGCAUUUAUCUACACCCUGCGUCAGAAACUCCUUCAGGCUGGUGUAUGUCUCCUUGGGUACAUUGGAAAUCACAUGAUUUCAUAUCCAGAAUUUCGUACAAGAAGUGCCAGGGAACAAGCAUGUACAGGAAAUUCAGUGAUUGAUGAAUGGAUCAAGGCUGGAUUUUUCUUCAAAAAUUCGCGCUGGAUUUGCUUCUGCUGUGGAAUUGAACUGAUGGACAUCAGCGAUGAAGAUGACCCCUGGGCAGUUCACUUUGAAAAACAACCAAACUGCCCAUUCCUUCUGGAGAGCAGACAAGAAUAUAUUGCCAAGAGAGCUGAAGGGAAAUCACUGACAGAAGAACAGAUGAGAUGGCUUGGUGUGGCUACUGAACAAGAAACGGAGAAUACAAACGGUUCUCGAAUGAGAGUGGAUGGCAUCCCAGAUGACCUUGAAAUUUCUGCCUCCCAACAGGACCAAAAUGUCAGGAACCUGAUUCUUUCUUCAGAUGAAGAUGAACUGGAAAGGGAGAAUGAUGUUUUAAGACAGCAACUACUUUGCAAGAUUUGCGAGGACAAGGAAGUACAACUUGUUUUUCUUCCAUGUGGCCAUAUUGUCUGCUGUGAGGACUGUGCCCCAGCCCUAAUAAAAUGUCCUGCUUGCCGAACAAUGAUCACUGGUCUCCUGAAAGCAUAUUUCUGAUGAGGAGAUAAAGUCUUCACGAAGUCUUGUCAUGUCUGAUCAUUGUAGCUGUACUCUGAUAAACUGUUCAGUCAAACUAGGAGAGAAGCCAGUGGAGAAUAACCUUUGUCCUUUCUGGCCUUCAGGAACCAAUAAUAACUGGCUAGAAAGGUGGUCGUAUUUAUACUAGCCAUGUUAAUAAAUCGAUAAAGUACUAUUACCCAUUAGCUAACAGGUAACCUAGGAUUAAGUGAUAUAUGAGUUAUGGACAUGGCAUUACACACAUAAAUUGCAAUAGAUUCGGCUGUUUACAACAAGAUAAAGUUACACUGACCAUCAUACACCCUGCUUAG